AUGGUCCUCAACCACAACAUCCUCUUGUGCAUUCUCGACUUCCUAUUAGCGUCGACUCCUGCACCCGGGGGGAGUACGGUCCUCCAAGCCCAUGCUCGUCUGGUGGCCCUAGGGCAAGCUCAUCUGAUCCCUUGUACUGGUGGAAUGUGGUCGUGCAUCUGGAUCACAGGAGGCCGGAUUAUGAACGGGUACAAACUACGGUCAGUUGCGCUGGAGGGCUUCGCAACAUACAAACUGACCUUGCAAGUAGAGGGUCUCUUGCAGGAUGCUGUGUGCAUUUCUCAGGAUGAUCCCGGCUACUACCCUGAGGAGGAUGUGCCCAUGGACAAAGAAUCCAAGGCCUUUCACGGCAACAUCAAGGAUAAGCAGUGCGCAAAGGGUGCCAGGGCACAAACCAUGGGCGAGGGCAAGCAGUGCACACAGCUCAAGGAUUUCCAACCCCAGCCCAAACCCUCUGCUCCAUCCUGCUGCAAAAAGCAGGCUAGCACCAGCAGGCAGGCAUUGAAGAAAAAGCCGCAAAACAUUGUCACACCUGCAAGGGUGCCCAGCAAUAAGUCUUCAGAUGAUGAGGCCCCUCUGAACGCACCUGCCUGUGUUGCAUCGUCAGAGAUCGUGUCCAGGGCUGGGCCCUCUGGUCCCCUGCCUGCCACUUCCCCAAUCUCUCCAUGA